GCCUCCCCCAUGGCCAACUACGAGUAUGACGAGUCCUCCGAGUUGUCCCCGUCCACGAUCUCCUCUGGGUCAUCUGAGGUGUCCGAGGGCUCCAGUGGCGACCUCGCUGACCUGGCUGACGAGGACGAGGUAGAUAAUCUCCAGAGAGAAGCAGAGGAGCUCAGACAGAAACGGAAGAAGCUUGAGUUCGAGGUUAAUGAGAAAUGGAUAGGCCACUACGGCAGCAUCUUCGAGAGCCUGCUCAAAUGCAAGUUCGACGACAUCAAGUUCCCAGUGCACCCAGCCUCCGACGGCGGUUCCAACAAGAAGCUCAGGGUGUUGUCGUUCUGUUCUGGCACUGAGUCUCAGGAAAGUGCUCGCGAUGCGUUGCUACUCGCCCAGUUCUUCGCGCUGAAGACGAUCAUGGACUACCAUGGGGACAAUGUCUGCGUGGAUUUGGUUGCCUCCGUGGACCCUUUCAGGCCAUGUCAUCGCUUCGUUUGGAACAACCUGUCCACUGACGAGCGGGAGCGCGGCCACUAUUACAAUUACGUCGCGGAGUUAAGUGCUGGCGAGCACGCUGAAUUCGCAUCGCCAAGACAAAGACUUAAGUUCUGGAACCACCCCGACGGGAACGUUAUCGUUGACAUUGCCCACUGGGUGCAGACUCAGCCGAAGGUUCCCCCCAAAGCGAUCAUUCUGGAGAACGUCCCAGGCGCGGUGGCUGUAUCUCAUAAAGGAAGGCAUAAUCCGCUGGAGUUCCUCAUGAAGGGGUCAGUGAAAAACUACAAGGGCCUCGCUCGCUUCUACUACGGGCUGAAGCACUGGGGCGAGUACGACCUCAUGAAGAGUAACUCUGGCAACGAGUACUUCGAGAUUUCCGCCGGUGAGUUUGGAUUGCCUGUUCAUCGCAAGCGCAUUUUCUUUGUGCUCAUCAGAAAGGACUUGGCCAGCCUAGAAGUCAGGAACUCCAUGGCGAAGCUCAUGAAGGCGGCGACUCAAAACCCCAUGAGGCUAGAAACGCUGAGCGACAUCAUGAUGAGGCACAAUCCCAGCAGCGAAGGCGACAUCGAUCUGAGCGAGGAGCCCCAGCGCAAGGUGAACAAGCACUACAAGAGCAAGAAGGAAGGCGGCACAUGGAGCAUGACCCAGAACAGCAUUUCCGAGAGCAUGGAUUUCAGGGAGAAGCACGGCCUACCUGAGUAUGGUUCUGAUAAGAUGUCCAGCAUCACGCCCCGGCGCGGCAUCCUCCCUGACAGGGAGCGCGACAUCAUCGAC